CGCCCCGCCCUGUCAGGCGACGGGACGGGCGCGCGGGCGCGGCGCGCGCGUUUCUGCGUCCCUUCCGCCCCGGCCCGUUUCCCGCUGCGCGCGCCAUGUCGGUCUUCCACGAUGAGGUGGAGAUCGAGGACUUCGAGUACGACGAGGAGACCGAGACCUACAGCUACCCGUGCCCUUGCGGGGACCGCUUCCUCAUCACGCGGGAAGACCUGGAGAACGGCGAGGACGUGGCCACCUGCCCCAGCUGCUCCCUGAUCCUCCGUGUCAUUUACGACCAGGAGCAGUUCAUGCGUGGUGAAGUCGUUGCAGAACCUUUGACAAACAAGGAGUUGAUUAAGUGCUGAUGAACAUGUCAUGAACUGUUGCUGCUUUAGAAUAAGAAAGGAUGGGGAUGGCAACUGCGGGAAGAGAUGUGGUCCUACUCCUGGAAGCGCUUGCUGCUGUGAGAUACAAGUGCAAUAACUGGCAGUCUUCACAAUUUGAAUGACAAUUCGCCGGGACAUCAAAUACUUGAAUGGGUUUUGUUCAAAAGGGUUAUACAUUUUAAAAAAAUGCAGAAGAUGCUGUAUGUAUUCUAGAAAACAUGAGGAUUGUGAUUGUAAUUGACAGAACGUCAGUAUUCAGAAGUGCAUGGAGUUGUGAAAUUACAUUUAUAUAGGAAGGGCUUCUUAGCCUGUGGAGAAAAGCAGGCUUUGUGUGGGCAUAUACCAGUGUGAAAUGGUAGAGAGCUGAAACACUGGGAGAUGAAAUUUAGAAGUCUGUAAGACAUGCCAUACAGAAUUACAGCUUUGACCGAGCGUGGUAUCGCCCAGGAUGUGGGCUCGUGUACUUCCAGCCCAUACUGAAUGUGGGGAAAAAUAAGACCCAGAGCCAGCGCUGUUCAUAAAUUGUUUUUACUACUGUAAGCACAGAGAAGGUGCAGUUGUAUUUAUAUCUGCAGUGGGGGCAACACCUGAGUUAACGCAAAUUUGUUUCUUAAAUUGCAGUUGCUUUGAAAAAAGCUUUAGUAGCUGUUACCAGAUGACUCUCUGACAUAAUAAUGAUACACUUUUUUGGGUGUUGUGUGGAAUGAGACAAAUUUUUGAGAAGGUGUCCAACUUCUUUACUCCUGCAAAACUAGUAAUGUGCAAGUGGACUUGAACUCGAAGUGGAUUUUGAUUUACACAUAUUUUCUCAACAACUUUGUGAUGUGACUGUUGUAGCAAAUAUAAAAUGGGCUGCAGUUCUUUGUGCGAUUUGUAGUAGUACAUUUGCUGAAUUUCUCAGUUCUCCUUUGUUAAGUUCUGUCACUUCCUGAAUAGGAGAUGCACAAAUUUCACUUAAUAAAAAUGAAUUUUUUAGGGUAGAAAAGAGGUGGAAGAAUAUACUCCAAAGUACAUUGAUUGUCUACUUGUAUUACAAGCCGCUGCUUUUAAAUAUCCAUUUAAAAUUAUGGUCAUUCAUGUGUUUUAGUAGGAUUUGACAUCUAUGAAGUUAAAUUUCAGAAAAAAUACUUGUGUAGCAUUUAUAUAGUUAUUUUGCUCCAGGCACUAAAGAUAAGCAAGUUGUACUGAAUUCUUGCAUUUAACUGGUUUUGUUCUUACAACAUUCCGUGAAUGUUGAAGAUGACAUUCUAAUUAUUUUUCAAAAAACAGAGAAAACUACACCCUUCAGUUAGUUUUGAAUGCACAACCGAAAGUGUUUUCCUGCCUAAACCAGAAGGUGGCACUCUUGUUACUUCGAUAUCUGUGCUUAAAAAAAUAAAAAAAGCUGUGGUACUUUGGUUAGCUAGAUCUUCUCAAAUAUUUAUUUUGACUAUUUAAAUAAAGAUAUUUAAGACUCCA